UCAAAAGUCAAAAACACGUCAACUGCUUUGUGCAUGAAAUUAUUUUUGUUUUUGAUUUGAUAAUUUAUUAGCUACUCUAUUCAUCAUCAUAUAAAAUGUUAAGGUACCGUGGGAAGAAAAAGGUUCUAGAUAAAGUCAAAGAACUAGACGCUUUCCCGAAAGUUCCUGAAGAAUACGUGGACAGUACACCGGUCGGCGGCACAUUUUCAGUGAUCACUUUUUUUAUUAUUUUGUGGCUUAUUUAUAGUGAAGUAACUUACUACUUAGACAGUAAUUUAGUGUUUAAAUUCAUGCCUGACACAGACAUGGACGAGAAGUUGCCAAUAAACAUAGAUAUCACUGUCGCUAUGCCCUGUUCUAAUAUUGGAGCUGAUAUAUUGGACUCGACGUCCCAAAGCGUUUUCGGGUUUGGAGAAUUACAGGAGGAGGAUACAUGGUUCGAACUGACUCAGGAACAACAAGAUGCUUUCGACGCGGUGAAAUAUUUGAAUUCGUAUCUAAGAGAGGAAUACCAUUCAGUAUGGAAGUUGCUUUGGAAGAAGGGCCAUGGUUCCGUGCGCGCGACGAUACCGCCAAGAAAAACUAAACCGAAUCGACGGCCAGAUGCAUGUCGACUGCAUGGAGUUCUAAUUUUAAACAAAGUUGCGGGCAACUUUCACAUAACUGCUGGCAAGAGCUUGCAUCUUCCCAGAGGACACAUACAUUUGAAUAUGUUAUUCGAUGACACUCCACAGAACUUCAGUCAUCGAAUAAACAGGCUUAGUUUCGGCAGCCCUGCCAAUGGUAUCAUUUACCCAUUGGAAGGAGACGAAAAGAUAACGAAUGAUGAUAGCAUGUUGUUCCAAUACUUUGUUGAAGUCGUUCCCACUGAUGUAGACACAACAUUUGAAUCUAUAAAAACCUACCAGUACUCAGUGAAAGAGUUGGAACGCCCCAUUAGUCAUUCCAAAGGGUCUCACGGAGUGCCCGGAAUAUUCCUGAAAUAUGACAUGGCUGCGUUAAAAGUCAAAGUAUAUCAGGAAAGGGAAAACGUUUUAACAUUUACAUUAAGACUGUUCUCCAUUAUUGGUGGCAUUUAUAUUAUAAUCAGUUUUAUAAAUACAAUAGUUUUAUCUAUAAGAACUCAGUUUUUCACAAAACCUAAACCUGACUAUACAGCGUAUAAGAAAGAGCCAAAACUUCAUCCGGUUCCAGCAAAUCCAUUGCUAAUUCCACAAGAACUAAGUAUUCCGGAUGGUUUACUACGGCAAUGAUAGUAUGUUUUCUUUAGGAUUAAAAUUUGUAUUGUAUAUAAGAGAUUAUUUUUAUGUAUUAUGAAUUAAUUGAAUACAAAUAAGCAAUAAUUUUAAUUGCUAAUAUUACUUAAUUCUGUGUAAAUAUGUACUUGUUUACCUAUUGUGAAAUAUGAGUGCUUUAGAUGUUUCUAUGUAAAUGAAAUUUUAUGAAUUUAUUUAACAUAUGCGUGGCCAUGGAAGCCAUUUCCUAUUUGUGUAUUUUCCCAUAGUGUAUUUCUCUCUAUCAUUCUAUUUUUCAUUUAUAAACUGUAAUAAAUAACAUGCCCAAACUAAAUGUUUGAUGAUGUACAAUAAAUUAGCAGAUUAAUUGAAAACUUUGAUGACUUACAAAGUUUAUUUUUCUACAGUUGAAAUGUUACCACUUAAGAGAGAAUUUUCACUAGUUAGCAUUUGAAUCAUAUUUUUACCAUUAAAUAUACAUGACAUAAAUGGGCUUUGGCUAAUCAAACUUCUUGCAAGCAUUGCAUAAUUACAUUAUUUUGAUUAAGUUAAUACUUUAACAUUCUGUUUUGUCUUUUAAAUAAACAUUCUCUCUCUUAUUAUUUGUAGGUACCUAGUAAGUAAACAAUUUUGUGACUGAUGUAUUCGAAUAAGAUAACUGUUAUUAGGGUGUUUUUAUAAACCAGUGAAAUCUUUCAAUAAUGUUAUUUCUAUGUCAUGUUACUAAGUAUAAUU